AUUUAUCUUUUUAUUACUAGAUUAAAGCCUUUUUCUUUUUCUAAAGCAGGACGUAGUGAUGUUCAAAACAGUUUGAAACGCACAUGCGAUCUAUAUUCGUUGCACUUUAUGGACGAAACUGCUUCAAUUUUGGCGGGAUUUUCCCUGAUUGAUGAACAAUGGCACCGAUUGGUCUGUUCUUUUUAGCUGUACUUAUUGCACUUUUUAUCCUACCUCCUUUUCUCUCCAACGGGGAGAGAAAAAGAAAAAAAAUUCGAAAAAGAGAGCGAUUCGAGAAGUUUAAUUGAAAAGUACACAUCCUCCAUUUUUUAAAACAAAGAGUGUUUACAGUGUUUAUUAGUGGCGGUUCGUAUUUCGUAGUAUCAAUAAGUAUUAACAGAAAAGUAGUGGUCGUUAAUCGAAAAUUUGUGUUCUAAGAGACAGAAGAUCGCUAUUCGAAACUACGAAAAAGUAUCUCUAACAAGAUUCAACGUCUGCCUGGUUUAUUGUUAGAAAGCAAAACUAAAACAAUAUGGAACGAUUGCGUCACGUUAAAUUUAUGGAUAUUGCUUUUAUCGGAAUAUUAUUUUAUACGGGAGUCGCGAAAGCAACAGGUCAAGAUGAGAUAACACCAACGAUAUUUCCAUUGGACAACGAGACACGCAAUGAAUAUAUUAUGAAAAUAUACGAUAAUGGUUGCGAAUGCAUUGAAUAUAAUUGUGGAUGCUGUCAGCAUUUACAAUGGGAUGUAGUCUCUAUGGACGGAAAGUUAUGCGUAAAUACAAGUUAUUUAGAAAAAGACUAUGGGUUUUCACUCACAAUAACAUACAACAACUUUGCAAUUAUUAACGAGACAAUUUCAGCUCGAAAUCCGCCACCUAUUUGUUUUGGAGAAAACAUUUUAAAUGAAGUAGAUGUUGAAGUUUGCUUGCAUAUGUAUGAUAUAAACAUUGAUAAAGAUAAGUUUCGCGUUUGCUUUGAGAUUUAUGGAAAAAUAAUGAAACUUCCAAUCACUAAAAUAAAAUUAGGUUGUCUCCAGACUGAACUACAUAACAAGAUGAAGUAUAUCGAAAACAAUUUGUCAAAAUUGUUUCUUAAAAAGGUGAAAAAUGAUGCACUACCCAUUGUGAUUGUGAUAUGAGUAACAUACCGAACACUAUAUAAGAAUACAGAAUCUCGGUAUUGCUGUAGAUCCAGAUAUUUUCUUCAAGUACAUUAUGAUAAAUUGUUAAUAACAAAUGUUCUUCAUUUCUUUCAUAAUUUUACGUUGUA